UCCGUCCUCUACCACCACACCCGCAACGGCGACCAGGCCCGCGGGCACCUGGAGAAGGCGUGGUUGAUAUCGCAGCAAAUUCCCCAGUUUGAAGAUGUUAAGUUUGAGGCAGCGAGCCUUCUGUCUGAACUGUAUUGUCAGGAGAAUUCAGUGGAUACAGCAAAGCCUCUGUUACGCAAAGCCAUUCAGAUCUCGCAGCAGACUCCGUACUGGCACUGUAGACUACUUUUUCAACUUGCACAACUACAUACACUUGAAAAAGACUUAGUAUCUGCAUGUGACCUUCUAGGAGUUGGAGCAGAAUAUGCUCGGGUGGUGGGAUCAGAGUAUACCCGAGCACUAUUUCUGCUGAGCAAAGGGAUGCUUCUUCUAAUGGAACGGAAGCUGCAGGAAGUGCACCCUCUCCUUACCCUCUGUGGGCAGAUAGUUGAAAAUUGGCAAGGAAACCCCAUCCAGAAAGAGUCGUUACGCGUAUUCUUCUUAGUUCUGCAGGUGACGCAUUACCUGGAUGCUGGGCAGGUGAAAAGUGUGAAGCCAUGUCUAAAACAGCUUCAGCAGUGUAUCCAGACCAUAUCUACUCUGCAUGAUGAUGAAAUUCUACCCAGCAACCCCGCUGAUCUCUUUCACUGGCUGCCCAAGGAACACAUGUGUGUGCUUGUAUACCUGGUGACAGUGAUGCAUUCCAUGCAAGCAGGGUACCUGGAGAAGGCUCAGAAGUACACAGACAAAGCACUCAUGCAGCUAGAGAAGCUAAAAAUGUUGGACUGCAGUCCUAUCCUGUCAUCUUUCCAAGUUAUUUUGUUGGAACACAUUAUCAUGUGUCGGCUUGUCACUGGACACAAAGCCACAGCAUUGCAAGAGAUUUCACAAGUCUGUCAGCUCUGCCAGCAGUCUCCCAGACUGUUUUCUAAUCAUGCUGCCCAGCUGCAUACUCUAUUGGGGCUCUACUGCAUUUCUGUUAAUUGCAUGGACAAUGCGGAAGCACAGUUUACGACAGCAUUGAGGCUCACUACACACCAAGAACUGUGGGCAUUUAUUGUGACAAACUUAGCCAGUGUAUACAUCAGGGAAGGCAACCGGCAUCAAGAGCUUUACAGUUUAUUGGAAAGGAUAAAUCCAGACCAUAAUUUUCCUGUGAGCUCUCACUGUCUUCGAGCAGCAGCUUUCUACAUCCGAGGUCUGUUCUCCUUCUUUCAAGGAAGAUACAAUGAGGCAAAACGAUUUUUGCGAGAGACACUGAAAAUGUCAAAUGCAGAAGACUUGAAUCGAUUAACAGCAUGUUCUCUUGUACUCCUGGGUCAUAUAUUCUAUGUAUUAGGGAAUCACAGGGAAAGUAAUAAUAUGGUAGUACCAGCCAUGCAGCUUGCAAGCAAGAUACCAGAUAUGUCUGUGCAGCUGUGGUCUUCAGCUCUGUUGAGAGAUCUGAACAAAGCCUGUGGAAAUGCUAUGGAUGCACAUGAAGCGGCACAGAUGCAUCAAAACUUCUCACAGCAGCUCCUUCAAGAUCACAUUGAAGCGUGCAGUCUUCCAGAACACAAUCUAAUCACGUGGACAGAUGGACCACCUCCUGUACAGUUCCAGGCACAGAAUGGACCCACCACCAGCCUGGCCAGUCUCCUGUGAAACAGUAUAACUAUCAGGACAAUGUGUUUAAAAAAAAAAAAAAAAAAGGAAAAAGAAAAAGCCAAAAAAGAAAAAUUCAUGCAAAAUCUUUUCUUCAAAGAAAAGCCAGCAUAUUCCUCUUCUAGCGAGGGCCUUGUAGGAAACGGAUUGCGUAAGGAAAACAUACAUUUCAUAGACUUGCAAAGUGAGAAGGGCAUUUUAAGCUGCUUUUACAUAAUGUGUGUGAAUAUACAGCUAGUGUAUAUAUACCUUCUGGUUUUAACCUGCUUUCCUCUUAUUGAGAAUUAAGGUUUAGUCCAAAGGACACUUGUUCCUUAAAUUGGUUAGAUACCUGCUUUUUAGAAAUUGUCACAGAAAAUUGAGGGGACUUUGGCAUACCAAUUGUACUCUAAUAUUUAAACCUUCCCUGAAGUACGAUGCAUGCCCUUUUUAAUUUUUUCUGUGCCCUUCCACUCCUGGGAACAAUUGGAUUAAAUCAUGAUUGAUUACAGGGUGCCCAACAAUUCAAAAUUUGUUUUCUGAGGUAAUAGUCUUUCCUUCUCAUUGUCUGUAAGUCAUUGCCAGUGCUGUUUGUAGCCUUGCAAUGAGGGAAACAAUGAGAUCAGUGAGAUUUGAGUUCUGAUGGGUGGGGUAUUUGCAGACAUGGGAAUGUGUUGGGUUCUUCUGGGUUGCCUCCAGGCUGAGCGGAGCAGAUUCCAUGUCCUGGAUUAACCCAGGCCCAUGAAUCUGAUAGUAUGUGCCACCACUUCACCCCUAUGUGGGUCUUCCCUCUACCUCCCUGCUUUGAUGCCCAGUCCCCCAUAGGGUAAGGCAGAACCACAGCGCUCUCCAUCCCUGCUACUUUGUGGUGAUUUGUACCUGAGGAGGAAAUUUCUUGUCCUCCUAUCUAGUUCUAACAUAGGCCAAGCAAGCGGGAAGCCGCUUUUUGCAUCUUCACUGCAGCCUCACCAAGGCAAGGCAGCAUCUGUGCCUUAAUGAUUUUUACAAAUUAUUAAUGUGAGUGUUAAACUGUGUUGUUACAACCCAGAUAUGAUAUGAGUGAGAGGCUUAGGAUAAAAAUUAAACCAUAGUCUUGCAUUUGGCAAAAUCUUAAGUUUCCAAACUUUUCUAUGUUAGUUUUCUUGUUUUAUCUCAUUUGUUUUUGAACUCUGCAGCUGUGAAGUCUCACUGCAUUUGCCUGUGCCUCCGCAGCUGUCUCAAAACAGGAGAGACAUGUCCCAAGUUUAUUCUACAGAAAACAGUAUGGGAAUUGCUAAUUCCUUGAAGCAUCAGCAGCUUUAUAGCAAGGAUUUGUGCCAGUCCGUUGUAGUGUGAUGUAAAGCUUGGGAGGUUCAUGGGGUCAAAUAAAGCUGUUUUUCUCUGUUAGUAGCUCUGCAUAUUUAUCUCCCAACUUAAAAGGGGGAGGGGAGAAGAAUCUGCUAGACAAAGUAGGGCUUUCUGUAAUUGCUUCUUUUCUUUGAGAGAGAAGAGGAGAAUAUUUAAGAGGAAAUAUUUGACCCCUCAAACUUUCAGAAAUUAUUCUAAAAGGAAUACUGUGAAGCCCAUCUUUAAUGGCUAUUCUUUCUCAAAAAUCUUGUCCCUUGUCUAGCAAUAGGUCACAUAGACACUUGCUUUUUAUAAUCCAAACCCCUCAGUCUGAACCAUUGAAUGAUAUUAAAGGGACAAGUACUUGUCCAAGUAUCAAAAUAGGAUUUUACGCUUCCUCUACUGAACAUGCAAUGUUUAUUUAGCUCUUGUUCUCAGAAAUUUACUCUUGCAAAAGCCAUGUGAAUUUUAGGCCUUGUUAAAUCCCCAACAGGGAAAAUGUGGCCUCCGCAUCAGUGUAAAGAGAGUCUUAUUAUUGGGUUUGCAAGAACAAAACACCAAUGCAGUUUAAGGUCCUGUGUGUUCCUUAAGAACUCCAAGAAUAGGAAAGAAAUCUGUGAGGUCUGUUAGCUGGCAGAGUAUUUUGAUAUAUCAAAUAUAGGGAGAAUCCAUGCUUCUGUUAGACUUGUGCAGAUGGAAAUUGUUCCAUAUCACUUGCCAGUCUCAUUCUUUGAGAUGGAGUAUUUCUUGUCUGCCACCUGGCUCUUGCAGUCUGUCCCAAAUACAGCUCUAUCCUAGAUGGCUUGUUUCUUUGAAUUGCAGAACUGAUGGUCAGCAUGCUACGGCCUUCCCAUGGAAGCUGCCGGGCUCACAGCACUGGGGCAGAAGCCUGUCUCCACACCAGCAGCCUCGGUGGCAGCACACUGCUUGCGUGGCCCCAACUGCAGCCAAGAGAGGGUUGCUUCAUGCUCGUUCCACUGCUGGUCUCCAAGACCGCUGGACCGCUGGUGCUGCAGGCAUCUGUCCAUUAGAGACGGAACAAUUUCAUAGGCUAAACAGCUGUUGUAUGCUUGGUUUUGAUCAGGAAUGAUUUAGGUAAAUCCCACCUUAGGAACGAACGUUGGUACCCCAUGGACUAUUUUUAAGUUCUUCCUUUUCUUUUUAAACAUCCACCAACCUCCCUUUGGUAUGGGAAACUGUUUCUUUUUGGCCCUUCCCUUCCCUUGAAGACCCUCAGUAAGUCACUGAGCAGUUGCAAGAAUUCAGCUCCUUUGUAAGCAUCUAAGUACAAUGGCCAUUUUCUUGAUGGUGCUCUUAAGUUUGAAGUGAGAGCAGCUGGAGAAUGUCUAGUAACUGAAAAAGUUAGUACCAAUGUAGUUCAGAAUGGCACUCUAGCAGAUUUUGAUAAUCCAUCCCUUUUGUUGUCUUUGUCUAAUCUGAGUCUAUUUAUGUCCACGGUAACUAUAAUAAAUUCAUUUAAAUGUUAGCCAAAAAGUGCUGCUUCUAUAAGGCGAAGUUUAAACAAAAAAAUUUAGAGCGCUGUGAUUUGGGCUUAGUUUAAGAAAAACAUUUUGCAGCAAGCAAGAUGUCUACUAGUGCUCCUUCAGGUAGAUGCAUCUCCUUGACCUUAUCUUUCAGCUCAGGGACUUGCAGAGCUAAGAUUGUGUGUUACGGGGAAAUGGUUUGCAGUGGCAAUUUUCUGGCUUCUCACUGUCAAUACUUCUGCGCGAACUAGGCUGCUUUGUAGUUCAAAUCCCUUGCCAGUCUGUUCUCAGGAGGGAAGGAAGUACUUAAGGGAAAGGCUGCCUGCUUGCUUCUGAUUUAAGUGCUCUCAGGUUCUUAAUAGGAACCACUCACUAAAUACGGUGGCUGAACUUGAAAAGUCAGGAAGAACAACCUGGGGAUUCCCAGUUUCUGUGACAAGAUAGCUUCACCUGGAUUUUUUUUUUUCCUUUGGCACUUGGUUGCAGUUGUUGAGUUGAGGCAUUAACUAUCCCACAGCCCUGUGGAGUUCAGAACUCUACUGUUGUUUCCCAUGUCCUCUUGCCAUUACAAGAUUUCACAGAUCAUGUAAAUUUGAAAAUAACUUGGUGAUUUUCUAUCUCUAAAAUUCAAUGUACAUUUGUUACAAUGUACAGUGCUUUUUAACUACACUUGUAUAUUAAAUUAUUUAAUAGUU